AUGAGGGGAGAAGGGGUGGGUGAAAUUCAGAUUCCGGACGGGUUCCCAGAUCUUCUGAAGGCUUUCACGAAGGCAGCGAUUCGAACGCAACCUCGAGACCUCCUUUUGUGGACCGUCGGAUACUUCCAAGCCCUUGCGAAUCAUCAGGUCCUUCCGACCAAAGAUCAUUUGGAAUACGGCUCUCAUUCUAAACUCCAAGGGAUCGGUGGGGCAACACCCGGCCUUCUUCGGGUCCUCUAUCGACAACUGCAAUCGCAAUACCUGGUCACUGAAGAGGAGCUAAGGGAGAAGUGGGAGUAUCUCUGCCUGGAUACAGAGAGUCUGGACGAGCUACUAAAUGCAGGAGGAUACGAAGGAGGAAACGGGUCAAAUGUCAUCUUGCCCUACGUCAUCGCGUGGGUGACCUGGAGCAUGACCUCCGACCUGACAUCCGCCUUGGACCUCCUGUGCCACAUCAUGAGUCAGGAUCCCGACCAUGCCGGGAUGGACGUGGACCUCUUUUUGGAUCUUUGGGGAUUCCUAGGGGACGAUUCCCUGGGCAACGCGUCCGAGGAGAGGAAGGAGCGAGUCCAGGAUUUCCUGCAACUCAGGGCUAGGCAUCAGGGAGGGUUGGUCUAUCCCAAGGAUCUCCACAGCAUUCACUUUCCCAAUUUCGAGUCUGAUCUCUAA